GUACCUAAUCCGCGCCCAUUUUAGAACCCUUACCGUUUCAAAUUCUCAAAAGCCGCUGAAUUCAAAUUGCUCAGCUGCGCCUCCAUUGCGCACUCUUCUUACAACUUUUUCUAAUCGUCUCUCUUCAUGACUGGGCAAGAUGAAGCUGCAGCAGCAGAAGAAGAAACCAGACAGAGAACUGCAGUGCCCUGAUUUCUGGAUUGAAACCUCAAGUUCUAUCGCCCGUCAGUAUGCUUUCGACUCGGAUGGCCGUCUCUCUGUGAAGGUGGUUGAUGAUUCAAGGCCUGUUGUCCGUAGGAUGGUUGACUCAUUCGUGAACAAAUUUUUCCCAUCCGGAUAUCCUUACAGUGUGAACGAGGGAUACCUGACAUAUACUCAAUUUCGCGCACUGCAACAUUUUACCAGUGCAACACUAUCUGUCCUGUCAACUCAGUCAAUGCUAUUUGCUGCAGGCUUACGGCCGACCCCUGCACAGGCAACUGCUGUGAGCUGGAUACUGAAGGAUGGAAUGCAGCACAUGGGAAAGCUCAUAUGCAGUAAUAUGGGUGCAAGAAUGGAUUCGGAACCAAAAAGUUGGAGGAUACUGGCGGAUGUGCUCUAUGACAUUGGUACUGGCCUGGAAGUUCUUUCUCCAUUAUGUCCACAUCUAUUUUUUGAAAUGGCUGGCCUAGGCAAUUUUGCAAAGGGAAUGGCAGUUGUUGCAGCGAGAGCAACAAGGCUGCCAAUAUAUUCUUCUUUUGCCAAAGAAGGCAACCUCAGUGACCUAUUUGCCAAAGGAGAGGCAAUAUCAGCUCUUUUCAAUAUUGCGGGAAUGGGAGCAGGCAUUCAAUUAGCAUCCACAGUAUGUUCCUCAAUGCAAGGAAAGUUGAUAGUUGGCCCGUUGCUAUCUAUUAUUCAUAUAUACAGUGUGGUUGAAGAAAUGCGAGCAGUUCCAGUUAACACAUUGAACCCGCAGCGGACAGCCAUGAUUGUUGCAGAUUUUAUCAAGACCGGACAAAUAUCGAAACCAGUGGACUUAAGAUACCGGGAAGAUCUCCUCUUCCCAGAGCGGCUCAUAGAAGAUGCUGGAAGUGUGAAGGUGGGCAGGGCUUUACACAAGGUCGUCAAGAAGGCAUCGAAACUCAGCAAGUUGAGAGAAAUAUUCCCGAAUGAGAAAUUUCUUAUAAAUAGUGAAAGUAAGCAGACAGACAUUGUCUUGGAGCACAGUGCAACAGGUGAAGAUGCACUGAGGGGGUGGUUAGUAGCUGCAUAUGCUGCAGAUAUACAGAAGUUGGGACGUGUGCCAAGUGAUGGGGUGUUAUCUGAGGCUUAUGAGAAAAUGGAUAAUGUGUUCCCUUCAUUUCUGUCUGAACUGAAAGUAAGAGGGUGGCAUAUUGAUCGCUUUGUUGACGGAACAGGAAGCCGGUUCAGUUGGUAGGAUCAUGUGAUUUCAAGUUCUUGUUGAAAAUGUUGUUAUUCGAUAUCCUUAGAUACUGAAAUCUCUAGUGAAUGGUUGGGUGAUAUGGAGACUUAUAGAGCUGUGUCUAUAGAAAGUAAAGCUAUGUUUUGUAAGGAGUUUUCUCCCAACAGUUUUGACAUUCAUUCAGAGGAAAAGAGCUUUGGACCUUCA